AGAUAGAUGUUGGGGGAAAUGAAAGAGAAAGAGUCAAAGGCGUCGCACUCUCGCGAUGUAUCUACUCCAACAAAUAACAAAGUGUAGUGGUGUCUGACCGGUAAACUAUGUUUCCCGCGUCAUGAUUACCCGUUCCAACGAAUAACCAACCAUAUUCUUUUCUUCCCCUUCCCAUCCCCGUUUUCUUCCCUACCACUCCAACUUCAACUCCCACACCCUUUCAAACCCUAACACCAUCACAUUCACUCAUUCCCCUCCUCCUAACCAUGUCAAUGGCCCUCUCCCUUCUCUUCCCUCUCCUCUUCCUCUCCCUCCCCCUCUCCCAAACCCAAACACCCCCCAAAGGCUUCCUCAUCGACUGCGGGGCCCACUCCAAGGCCCAAUUCGACGACCGCGCAUGGCUCCCCGAUUCCGCCUUCAUCUCUUCGGGCCAGCCCAGGAACCUCACAACCCCUGGCCUCUCCCCCACUCUCCGCACCCUCCGCUCCUUCCCUCGCCAAGUCAAGAAGCACUGCUACAAAAUUCCCGUGUAUCGCGGAGCAAGGUACUUGGUGCGCUCCACCUACUUCUACGGCGGAGUCAACGGCGCUGACCACCCCUCGCCGCCCGUCUUUGACCAGAUCCUCGACGGCACCCUCUGGACCGUCGUCAACACCACCGAGGGUUACGCCAACGGGGACUCCACCUUCUACGAAGGGGUUUUCCUGGCUCAGGGGAAGAUCAUGAGUUUCUGCAUCGCCUCCAAUACUUACACGGAUUCUGACCCGUUUAUAUCUGCUUUGGAAUUGCUCAUUCUCGGGGAUUCUCUCUACAACACCACGGAUUUCACUGCCUUUGCCCUUGCCUUGUUUGCAAGGCACAGUUUUGGAUACUCCGGACCACCUAUUAGGUAUCCUGAUGAUGGGUUUGACCGUAUCUGGGAGCCUUUUGGGCUUAGUAAUUCUACCAAGGCAAGCACUGAAAAUGUUUCUCUUUCUGGUUUUUGGAAUCUUCCACCUGCGAAAAUAUUCGAGACACAUAUAGGAUCUAAUCAAUUGGAAUCUUUGGAACUGAGAUGGCCUACAGCGUCACUUCAAAGCUCCAAAUACUACAUCGCUCUAUACUUUGCUGAUGACACUGCUGGAUCAAGAACUUUUAACAUAAGUGUAAAUGGUAUAACUUAUUACCAUAAUUUGAAUGUGAUCCCAUCAGGCGUUGUUGUAUUUGCCAACCAGUGGCCUCUUUCUGGGCCAACAACAGUAACUUUGACCCCUGCUCCUAGUUCGUCCUCAGGCCCCUUAAUUAAUGCUGGUGAAGUUUUUGGUGUGCUGCCACUUGGAGGAAGAACUACAACCGGAGAUGUUAUUGCUUUGGAAAAGGUGAAAGAGAGCCUCCAAAAUCCUCCACUUGAUUGGAAUGGUGAUCCUUGUAUGCCCCGACAGUACUCAUGGACUGGCAUCACAUGUUCUGAAGGACCACGUAUCCGUGUAGUGACUUUAAACUUGACAAGUAUGGAUCUUUCAGGAUCUUUAUCGCCUUUUGUUGCCAAUAUGACAGCUCUGGCUAACAUCUGGCUGGGAAAUAACAGUUUGUCUGGGCAGAUUCCUGACCUCAGUUCACUAAAGAAUUUAGAGACACUGCACUUGGAAAACAAUCAAUUCAGUGGAGGGAUUCCUUCAUCCCUAGGGGACAUCAGCAGCUUACAAGAAGUAUUUUUACAAAACAACAAUUUGACUGGUCAAAUUCCAGCAAAUCUCAUUGGAAAACCAGGACUGAUUGUCAGAACUUCUGGAAAUAAUUUCUUAUCUCCUCCAGCACCUUGAAGGAUUUGUUUAGUGCCUUCCAUGGUAAAGAUGAAGAUUUUCCUUUUUUUUUCAAGAAAUUUUUAUUCUUUUGGUGCUUAGAUCAUUCUGAUUCUCUGGUGGAAGUUCUUCAUUGUUAACUCGUCAACUGAAGAUCAAACUUCAUCUCAGCCUCUUCUCUUGCUGGAGGUCAUACGGGUUUCUUGUUUUAACUUGGAGUGUGCAUGCUUUCAGAUUGGUUCACCAUAUUAAUGUUUGAUUCUCAGUUCCUUGAAAAGUAGGAUGUUAUUUGAAAUUGUAUUAUACAUAUCUUGUAUAGGCAUUAUUCAUUAUUUUAUUGAAAAUUUUGCUUUGGUUGUUUUCA